UACCGACCAGCUCCGCGCACCGCCCCGCGACAGAGCCCAGCGCAACUUUCUUCCCUCUUCUUUCUUCUCCUUUUCCUCCUGCUGGGUGGUGGCUGGGGCGGGGUCGGGGAAGACUUUGGAUGACCCAGCUCGCGUCCACCUUUCUCUUCAUGUCGACGUCCCUGGAAACAGUCACACGGAUGCCAUGGUUACUUCUGCCACGAUCUUACAGGUGAACAAGGUGAUGUCCAUCUUGUUUUAUGUGAUAUUUCUCGCUUAUCUCCGUGGCAUCCAAGGGAACAACAUGGAUCAAAGGAGUUUGCCAGAAGACUCGCUCAACUCCCUGAUUAUUAAGCUGAUCCAGGCAGACAUUUUGAAAAACAAGCUGUCCAAGCAGGUGGUGGACGUUAAGGAGGGCUACCAGAACACCCUGCCCAAAGCAGAGGCCCCCCGGGAGCCGGAGCAGGGAGAGCCGGCCAGGUCAGAAUUCCAGCCCAUGAUCCCAAUGGACACGGAGUUGCUGCGACAACAGAGACGCUACAGCUCGCCCCGCGUCCUGCUGAGCGACAGCACCCCUUUGGAGCCCCCUCCCUUGUAUCUCAUGGAGGAUUAUGUGGGCAACCCCGUGGUGGCCAACAGAAGCUCCCGGAGGAAGCGGUAUGCAGAGCACAAGAGCCACCGUGGGGAGUACUCGGUGUGUGACAGUGAGAGCCUGUGGGUGACCGACAAGUCGUCGGCCAUCGACAUCCGGGGACACCAGGUCACGGUGCUGGGGGAGAUCAAAACCGGUAACUCUCCCGUCAAACAAUAUUUUUAUGAAACGAGAUGCAAAGAGGCCAGGCCAGUCAAAAACGGUUGCAGGGGCAUCGAUGACAAGCACUGGAAUUCCCAGUGCAAAACGUCCCAAACCUACGUGCGGGCACUGACUUCGGAAAACAACAAACUGGUGGGCUGGCGGUGGAUACGGAUAGACACCUCCUGUGUGUGUGCCUUGUCGAGAAAAAUCGGAAGAACGUGAAUUGGCCUCUCUCCCCAUAUAUAAAUUAUUACUUUAAAUUAUAUGAUAUGCAUGUAGCAUAUAAAUGUUUAUAUUGUUUUUAUAUAUUAUAAGUUGACCUUUAUUUAUUAAACUUCAGCAACCCUACCGUAUAUAAGCUUUUUUCUCAAUAAAAUCCGUGUGCUUGCCUUCCU